GAUGGUUAUUUCAUGACUGGGGUCUAGCUUUGUGAUCGAAUUUCACCAAGCUCUCCCGUCCCGAAUCUCCACUGACAAACUGCAGCAGAUGCAUGCAAGCCCGACUACGAAAAUCGUCGAUAAACUAAGUGACAAUCAUAACUCCUCGAGGCAACGGAUUAUCUCCAAGUCUAGUAGUGAAUUUGUUUACCUAGUCACGAUAAUCCAUGCAUUACAUGACUGAACGAAGCUGAUUUGCAUCUAUUGUUUAGGAUCUGUGGACCUAGCUACAUGGACAACGUAGUAGCGAUACUGUACCAGAUGUACAUGUACAUGUACAAUGUACAGUACGUUUUGAGCCACGGAAUCUAGGCCUUAGUCUACUAGCUUCUAGAUUGCGGGAUUCACCCGAUCACUUGGUCCGUUUCUCCAGAGCAUGAGUAUGUGGACUUGCCUUUGCGAUCGUUUCAUAUUUCCCAAUUUGCCGUCCCGAUAUCGACCUGACAUGGAGCCUUGAUCCAACCGAUCUCCCUCAGAAUCGUUGAACAUACGAGACCCCAAAAGCAAUAGUGCUUGACAGAUUGUACUUGAAAAUACGCCCUUCAUAUCCGCUAACCUAUGGCCCGCGUCCUCGGUCAUUUCUUUUUUGUUCUGGUCAGACAUAGUUGUGAAAACUUUCACAGGCUUGCUUGUACCUUAAGCAGAGUCUUCAAAGAAUCCGUGACUUAUUUCAAACCCACCUAUCAUGGUAGAAGCUUUACCCUUCAAUCACGGAGGAACUCUCGAAAGGUUCAGCGUGCAUAAAAACAACCCCGUCUUCCAAUGAAGACUUUUCAAAAAAAGGCUGGAUCCUCGUAAGGUCCUUUACAUGAUAAAUGGGUCAGUAUGGCUGGCAGCUAGACAUCCCGCACAUGGGGAAUUGAGGGCUGCCUCGUCGAACGAGCCAGUUAACUAGAGGGUGACUACCUCCCCGAGCUACAGAUCAUCAGUUUGCCCCAUUCUACUUCCGUUGUACAUGUACAUACUUUUCAAAACUCCUUAUUCAACGACCCCGUAACGGAUUACGCUGAUAUAUCGAAUCCUGCCAUCAUCAUUUGCAUGUUCUUCCUGCUACACUCAGACCUCAGCCACUAACUAUCCUUUGCCUAGUUAUCCUAGCGGUAUCAUUUCAAAUUCCAUUCUAGAUCGGAGCAGGGAGUGGUUUUAAAGCCUGACAUCAACCCGCCCCGUUAUUAAAUAUUCACUCCUAAAUUUGUUUCGUCUUUGGCUUCCUUCCAAUUUCAUUGCUUCAACUUUUUGAUUCCUUGAUCCGCAUCUCCUUGAGGUUUUGCCAUAUCCAUAUAGCUCCAAAUCCCACAUCGCCAAGUUUGACAUCAGUUCCCCUACCAAGAUGAGCGAACCUGAGCCACUCAAAUUGACGGAGGAGAGGUUGGCGAUGCAUAACAAGCUAUAUAAACCGAGUCUAGAAACCCACUGUAGGCAUGCGAGUCAGCUAGUGGAAAUGGAAAGAAUGAGCAUGGGCUUGCUACCCCUGGACACCGAUUCCCUCAACAAAGAGCACUGCUCUACAUCAUCUCUACCAACUGAGCUGCCAUUUUCUCAAACAUCGGGCCUUCUCACGGGUUCUUUUGGCUCAACGAACGGGCCACUCAAAAAAUCCCCUCUCGAGCAUCCGUUAGAACGGCUUUUGACACCUGGUGAUCUCAGUGAACCGAUCUACUUUGCGAGGCAAGCAUUAAAGCAGUACGGAUUUGAAUAUGGGUCACGGGCCUCGGUCGAUGCCAGAAAGAAGCUGGGACGUCUCAACUAUGAGUCGACAAAGUCGACCGCCAAAGCCGCAGUGACGGAUAAGAAUGAUCGCAGUAAUCGGAAAAGUUAAAUCUCAUGGUUCUCUCUCCCGUUUUAGCACCAGUUUUCAGACGAAUCGCACGCUGUAACAGCAAGGUCAGGAAGACCACGCCAAAAAAACAACGAUUGUCCCAAAGCACUCGAUUUAUACAAAAUAGAACCUGCCGGAGGACCAUACUGUUAAAGGCUUUUUUCGGAAUUUUUAUCAUGCCUUAUUCCCCCUUUCCUUCGUUUUGCUCUUCUGCCCUACCUUGGGAGCCUGUUGGGAGCCGCUCAAGGCAACGCACCACUUUCUAAGCCCAGUUAAGAAAAGAAAAAAAAAAAUCACUAUUUCCUUCUCUCAGCUUCGCUCAGCCCUUGCACUGCGCCACUUAGUUAAUACCUUGACUACGCCACAUAUGGAUCUUACUACAAUCCCAAAUACCCUUUGCCCCACCUUGUAUUCUCUCCCAAUUGCAUUCUUUCCCUUCUGGCUUCUCCAAGUUACAAAUGGCUUAUACUCCGUACUUCGGUGCUCUCCACCCUUCAAUUGUGCCAUCCCUAUCGUUAUUAUUUCCUAGAAUUUUUGAUGAAAAGCACAGCACAGCUCUGCUCUUGAACUCGUACCAUCGCUUUCAAAAAUUGGCAAUUGAAAAUGCUUUGACAUUCCCUUUCUUUUUACGAUUAUAGAAUUGAAUGGCAAGCCUGAGUAAAAUCAUUAUUCUCGCGCGAAGAUAGAAGAGUAAGAAAAUGGUAAAUGUACCUCUACCAGAUGAGAAUAUAAUCCGGCCGGGUACUUUACGUCCGCUUUGUCACGAUCUAUUUAGCUCUCCCGAAUGAAUCUCAACAAGAUAUCACAAAAAAGGCCCACAAGAGCAAAAUCCUAUGCUAGCGUAGCCACUAGUCUAUCGAAUGCACAAUAGAAGCACUUGGUAGUGCCGAGCAUUUCCCAAGAAGAAGAAGAAGAAGAAGAAGAAGAAGAAGAAGAAGAAGAAAAAGAAAAAAGAAAAACAACAAACUUUACCUAGGCAGUGGGUCAACUUUGGAAAUUACCUACAGACAGCAGCAUUCGCCUGUUGUGGUACAGGCAACCCCGGGUUAUUGUGCAUAGAUAUGAAGAGUCGUUCACAAAACCACCCUGAGAACUUUCAACGCACGAAUAAUUGCAUUCUCCCAGGUUGCUGCAGGUGGGUGUCCUUUAAUCUCUAUUGUCAUCCGUAAUCAGAGAUUCUGUGGGUAUGUGUUACGAUGCCCGAAAAUGGGACUGUUCACAAAUCAUCAGUUUUACUCAGUUCCUCGAGCCAUGCUUUAGGGUGAUAUAGCACUGAGGGCAGGACGACGUACUUCUUAGUCGAUAAUUUAAAAUGGAUCUCUCUCCAUUGAUCUUUCGAUCACCAUUAUACUCCGCUCUGCUGUCUAAAAACCUUAACUCACCGCCGACAAUCCAUAUAGACAAGGCAUUUUGUGUAUCAGCCCAGCCAAACCACGGUGGCAAAAGGAACACACCAGCCAGCUCUCUGGGGGAAAAGAGAAUGACAUUUUGGACGUAUCAUUGGUAACUCUCGUGGGAAACGGCCCGCGAUUGAACUUUUCUCGGCUUCAUCGUUUUGCUGCGACUUUUUUUUCUUUAAUUACGUUGGUUGCCGGGGAAAAAAAGGAUGAUGUAUUUCCUCUUCCCAAGUGAGCUUUCAUCUUUCCUUUCGAUCAUCAUAGCUCCUUACUUUUGUUUAUUAUUGUUUUAUUAUUGUUUUAUCCCUCUUGGUGUCGCUUGCCUUUGUCAACUCCCCAGUGUAUUUAAACCGCUUUUGAGUUCAUGGGCUGUGCAUAAAUUUGAUUGAAAGGCGGCCAGAAAAUCAUGAGA